AUCAAAACGCUUUAUAGUAGCGGGGAGGGCAGUCGCUCGCCGACAACCAGAGAAAAAAUACCGGAGAGCGAUAUUAGUAUCGAAAAAAAAGUAACGAAUAACGGAGAGAAAUAAAAAAGAAAGUGGAUGCAGUGAGAAAUGCGUGUGUUUUGACAGUGGCUCCUAAUAAAGAUAAAAAGUGUUGAAAAGAAGGUAACGGACUUUUGAAGGAUUGAUGAGUGGAGGUACAGUGAUUAGAUAAAGAAUAAAUUACUGAGAAGAUAAAAGUGAAUUAUUAUUUUUUUUAUUUAUUUGUGAAUGAAAAGAAAAAAAGAAAAUAAUAACAAUAAGAAAAAAAAACAAUAAAUUAAGCAAGAAUCACGGAUUAUAAAAAAGAACAAAGUGUAUUGUGCUCGAGGCUUUUAUCAAGUGUUCGCAGGGGGGCCCUAGGGGUGGUUGAAAAUAAGGUCGCAGAAUGACGGGUGUCGUAGAAGGAAAAGGCGGGGGUGGAGACAACGACGUUAGCGCCACUGAUAAGGUCGUACAGCAAAAUGGAGCUCCAGAAAAAGCUCCUGUAGUCACUGGAACUAAUAUGGAAACUCUCCCGCGUCCAGGAAAACAGAGCGACCCAAGUACCGCAUUUUUACGGGCUGCACGAGCUGGACAAUUGGAAAAAGUUUUAGAAUUUUUAGAAUCAGGAGUUGAUAUCAAUGCAUCAAAUGCUAAUGGAUUAAAUGCACUUCAUUUGGCGGCCAAGGACGGCCAUUCGGAGAUUGUACGUGAAUUGUUGACGCGCGGUGCAAUUGUAGAUGCAGCUACUAAAAAGGGAAACACAGCUUUACACAUUGCUUCACUUGCGGGUCAAGAGGAAGUAGUACAAUUACUUGUUCAACGAGGAGCUUCUGUAAACGCACAAUCGCAAAAUGGUUUUACUCCACUAUAUAUGGCAGCGCAAGAAAAUCAUGACUCUGUUGUUAAAUUUUUGCUCAGUAAAGGAGCUAAUCAAACUCUUGCAACUGAGGAUGGUUUCACUCCGUUGGCUGUUGCGAUGCAGCAGGGACACGACAAGGUCGUUGCAGUACUCCUGGAGAACGACACGCGAGGCAAAGUGCGACUCCCCGCUCUUCACAUUGCAGCUAAAAAAGAUGAUUGCAAAGCUGCUGCUUUGCUUCUUCAAAACGACCACAAUCCCGACGUUACAUCGAAAAGCGGUUUUACACCGCUGCAUAUUGCUGCCCAUUAUGGCAACGAUCGAAUCGCCUCUUUGCUUUAUGAUAAAGGAGCCGACGUUAACUUUGCAGCUAAACACAACAUAACGCCUAUGCACGUCGCUGCAAAGUGGGGCAAAAUAAAAAUGGUUAAUUUAUUGAUGAGCAAAGGAGCGAAUAUUGCAGCGAAAACACGCGACGGCUUAACGCCGCUUCAUUGUGCCGCACGUGCCGGUCAUCAUGAAGUCGUAGACAUUUUAAUAGAAAAAGGAGCACCCAUUGGUUCUAAAACAAAAAACGGCCUGGCACCACUUCACAUGGCGUCUCAAGGCGAUCACGUGGAUGCUGCUCGUAUAUUACUUUAUCAUCGGGCUCCAGUUGAUGAAGUCACAGUCGAUUAUCUAACAGCUCUUCACGUAGCGGCGCACUGCGGUCACGUUCGCGUAGCGAAACUUUUACUGGAUCGCAAUGCUGAUCCAAAUGCCCGUGCAUUGAAUGGUUUCACACCUUUACACAUUGCUUGCAAGAAGAAUCGUAUCAAAGUUGUGGAACUAUUGUUAAAGCACAAGGCCAGUAUCGAGGCCACCACAGAGUCAGGUCUUACGCCUCUGCAUGUCGCAAGUUUCAUGGGAUGUAUGAACAUUGUCAUAUACUUGUUGCAAAACGAAGCUAGUCCCGAUAUACCAACUGUUAGAGGGGAAACACCACUCCAUUUAGCAGCCCGUGCAAAUCAAACCGAUAUUAUCAGGAUAUUAUUGAGAAAUGGAGCUCAGGUUGACGCUCGAGCGAGAGAAGAGCAGACUCCACUUCAUGUUGCUUCUCGUCUAGGUAAUGUCGAUAUUGUUAUGCUUUUACUACAACACGGAGCUGGAGUUGAUGCUACUACGAAAGACUUGUACACGCCUCUUCAUAUUGCUGCUAAAGAAGGUCAAGAAGAGGUUGCAUCCGUUCUAUUAGAAAAUGGAGCUUCGCUUACUGCUACAACUAAAAAAGGCUUUACUCCACUUCAUCUUGCUGCUAAGUACGGUAAUAUGAACGUUGCGAGACUAUUAUUGCAGAAAAAUGCACCAGUUGAUGCUCAGGGGAAGAAUGGUGUUACUCCACUUCAUGUAGCUUCUCAUUAUGAUCAUCAAAACGUUGCCCUUUUACUACUUGAACAGGGUGCGUCACCUCACGCUAUGGCUAAAAAUGGUCAUACACCACUUCAUAUUGCAGCACGAAAAAAUCAAAUGGAUAUUGCAACGACGUUAUUAGAGUAUGGAGCUAAAGCAAAUGCCGAAUCUAAAGCUGGUUUCACCCCUCUCCAUCUUAGUGCUCAGGAGGGACAUACAGAUAUGUCAACAUUAUUAAUUGAACACAAAGCAGAUACGAAUCAUAAAGCAAAGAACGGACUUACGCCGCUACAUUUAUGCGCACAAGAAGACAAGACUAAUGUAGCGACAAUCCUUAUCAAAAAUGGUGCCGAAGUUGAUGCUAAAACUAAGGCCGGAUAUACACCCUUACACGUGGCAUCUCACUUCGGUCAAGCAGCUAUGGUACGUUUCCUACUGAGGGCCGGUGCGGCAGUAGAUAGUAGUACUGGCGCCGGCUAUACCCCAUUGCACCAAGCUGCACAGCAAGGCCACACGCUUGUUAUUAACUUACUACUCGAAAGUAAAGCCAAGCCUAAUGCAGUUACAAACAAUGGACAAACUGCUUUAGCGAUUGCACAAAAACUUGGUUAUAUUAGUGUUGUCGAAACGCUCAAAGUUGUAACAGAAACAGUUAUUACGACGACACAUACGACCACGAUUGAAGAAAAAUACAGAGUUCAAGCACCAGAAUCUAUGCAAGAAACGUUUAUGAGUGAUAGUGAAGACGAAGGUGGUGGUGAUGAGAUCGGCACUGCGGCCAUGAAUGUGUACGGACAGCCGCCUCACGCGCAACAUGUGUACCUCCCUUCUUACUACCAGGGCCAAAUGACCUACACUCGCGAAGAUCCAAUGCUCAGCGACCAACAGCAAUAUCGUUACAUGACUGUUGAUGACAUGAAGUCAAUGGGAGACGAUUCAAUGAGAGUAAACGUCACUGACGAUGAGAGGGACAAUCGACAUUCCGGAGGAACCACGGUUACAGAUAUGAUCACGAAAGAAAACUAUCAUCGUUCGAAUGCUGCGAAUCUUAAGCCUGAUAAUAUUGACAUCAAUAGGCAUCCAGUUCACGUUGGACCGUCACUAGACUCCUUAAAUUGGUCACUGGCAGCCCUUGGUAUCGUACCUAAAGGACAAGGAAUGUGGAGGGACAGCUUUUUGGUUUCGUUCCUGGUGGAUGCUCGUGGUGGGGCAAUGCGAGGAUGUCGUCACAGUGGUGUACGGGUUAUUGUACCGCCACGCAAAGCAGCGAUGCCGAUGAGAAUUACCUGCAGAUAUCUCAAGAGGGAUAAAUUAACGAAUCCACCUCCUUUAAUGGAAGGUGAAGCGCUUGCCAGUCGAAUACUUGAACUUGGACCAGUUGCGGCCAAAUUUUUGGGGCCCGUUAUCAUUGAAGUACCUCACUUUGCUUCUCUUCGAGGUAAGGAAAGAGAGAUUGUGAUUCUUCGAUCAGACAAUGGAGAGACCUGGCGCGAGCACACCCUGGAAGCUAGCGAGGAAGCUGUUCAGGAUGUGCUUAAUGAGAGCUUUGAAGGAGAAGAAUUAAGCCAGCUAGAAGAUCUUCAAACGUCACGAAUUGUACGUAUUCUCACGGUUGAUUUUCCCCAUUAUUUCGCCGUGGUGUCACGGAUUAGACAAGAAGUUCACGCGGUUGGUCCGGAGGGUGGAACUGUUUCAUCAUCAGCGGUACCACAAGUACAAGCCGUGUUUCCACCAGCGGCGCUCACUAAGAAAAUUAGAGUUGGCCUACAGGCUCAUCCAAUACCUGCGGAAUUGGUGGCUAAGCUCUUGGGAAAUCGAGUAGCAGUAUCGCCCAUCGUGACUGUUGAACCACGCCGUAGAAAAUUCCAUAAGCCCAUUACAUUGACCAUACCCGUGCCACAAGCAGCCAACAAGGGCAUGAUUAAUCAGUACUCUGGCGAUGCACCAACUUUGAGGCUUCUGUGCAGCAUAACUGGAUUGAGUCAUUUAGGGGGUCAGUCACGGGCGGUCUGGGAGGAUGUAACCGGCUCUACGCCCCUAACUUUCGUCAAGGAUUGUGUGUCUUUUACUACUACCGUAUCCGCCAGAUUUUGGCUCAUGGACUGUAGGAAUAUUACCGAGGCUACGCGAAUGGCCACCGAACUUUAUACCCACGCAACACAUGUACCUUUCAUGGCCAAAUUCGUCGUGUUUGCAAAACGAGUUGACCCACUGGAGGCGAGAUUACGUGUCUUUUGUAUGACAGAUGAUAAAGAAGACAAAACUUUGGAGCAUCAGGAGCAUUUUACAGAAGUAGCAAAAAGCCGUGAUGUUGAAGUACUCGAGGGCAAAACUCAAUACAUGGAGUUUGCCGGUAACCUUGUACCCGUUAUGAAGAGCGGUGAACAACUUCAGUUACCCUUCCGGGCGUUUAAGGAGAAUCGCGUGCCUUUCACGGCAAGAGUAAAAGAUCCAGAUGCAGCGGACAUGGUUGGUAGAAUAAUGUUUAUGAGUGAACCAAAGGUGGCCAAGGGCGAACCACCACAAUUACCAAUAUGUACGUUAAACAUCUUGUUACCGGAAAAAAUUUCACCUGAGACUGGACAUUCUGAAUUAGAUUUACUUGAGUUAUCCAAGAAUUAUAGCUUCUUACGUGAUGGCGGUAUAAGUCGUCCGGAUACAAUUCACAGAGCGACUAUCCGUCUGACGGAUAUUGCGAAUCUCCUUGAUCGUGACUGGGAAAAAUUAGCCGAAGAACUUAACGUAUUGCCUGCUGAUGUCGAUUUAAUUAAAGAUGAAUAUCCGGGUAAACCAGCACUUCAAGCUGCUGCUAUGUUUAAAUUGUGGCAGGGCAAUGGCAAUAAAGUAACUGGAAAUACACUUGAGAAAGCACUGAAUAAAAUCGGCCGAGAGGACAUCGUGAAAAAAUGUAUAUUCAAUGUUGAGCUUGUUACUGAUGAUGUUGAAAAAGCAGUAGCAAGAGUUAGAUUGGAUCAACCAGGUUUUGAUUCACUCAAAGAAGAGUUGGGACCUUCAAGGGAUUCAUCACUUCGACGUGAUGGAACACUUGCAUCUCAGAAACAUGAUUUUGAUGAACCUGAUCGAAUGAAAGACUCCGAAUCAGUUGAGGAUUUGAGUAACUUAGGAAAUGUGCAGCAAAAACACACAAAACAGCAGCACAUAACAAUUACCAACGGCACUGUGUUCAAUGGUACCUCAACCCCAAUAAAAGAUAAAUACGCAAGUGAAGAAAAAGAUCUUACCGACGAUAUGGCGGAAUUUCUGGAACAUAAGUAUUACGUCACGGAUACAAUGACUAAAAAAUCACGCGACGAAGUUGACGAUGACAGAAAAAAUCGACAGAGGGUUAUUGAGGAUGCUAAUAGACUAGUAACUGGUGUUAUACAAGACGCUGAGAAAGAGAAGGAGAAAUUAAUGAUGGAGGGGUUGUCGGGGGUUUAUCGAGAAGGGGGUAAAGAGGCAGGAGGUGCAAUAGACGUUAGUGAUGGUGAUAAAUUAGUUUAUGAUGUUGAAGGUAUUAUAGUUAAAGAGGCAGUAACUCGCGGGGAAGAAUCUGUCGAGCCGGUCAUUACAAAAAAAAUAAAACCAAACAUGAUUGAUGAUGAUUCUAGUGGUAAGGGUAAAAUUAUUUCAAAAACUAUUGUAACAACAAGUACGGGUGAUCCAGGUUCUGGAUCAUUUACAAAAACUACAACAGUGCGUGAAAUAUCUCCCGGACAGUCAUCUUUCUUUGGUGUUAAUGAUCCUAUUAUUGGAGUAAAUGUGACGCAACCAACAGAAGAAUCAAGUAAAGUUGUCGUAACGAAAACAACUAUUACAACUGGACCCAUUACUGAGGAGAAAAUUGUUACUACAAAAGUAACAACUACUAUACCGGAAGCGCAGACGAUUGCGUUUGACACAAACGUUCCAAUCGAUCGCGCAACGGAACAAGCCAAAAGCAUCUCCAGAGUCAUUGUUGACUCUGUUUCGAUGCCGGCUGAUAAUAUAAGCACGAGCGAAAAAGAAAAAUUUUCUAAAGAAGAUAAAGAAGUUGCUGAAAAAUCAACAAAAAAAACAAAUAAAGUCAUACCGGCUAAUAAAGAAGAUAAGACUGAUAAAAAAACGAAAAAGAUUAAUGAAAAUUCAAGAAAAUCAGUAUAUGACGAUGUUUAUAAUCAACCGGAUGAUACUAAAGAAGAAAGCAAGAAAAAAGAAAAAGGUGGUAUAUUUUCUGGUAUCUUUAAGGGGCCAAAAUUGAAGAAAGGAAAAUCGAAAGAUUCUCAAGAUCCUUCUUUUGAUAGUGGCGAUGAAUCAAUAAAAGUAGCAACUCAAGAAUUUUUAGAGGAUACCAGAAAAAUUGCUGAACCAAUCAAAGAAUCACCAUCUUAUCCUGCUUUUGAUCCUGAUACAUAUAUAGCUAUUUGCCCUCAAAAACUACCGGAAAAUGAACCAAAUCGUGAUCCGAUUUGGGCAACUGCAGAUUUUUUGUAUGAUUCAAGAAGAAGCGCUGAAGCCUUUGUUCCUGAAUAUCUAAUACCUGAAAAACCCGAGUUAAAGAAAUUGGAUACUGAAAAAUCUUCAGAUAAGGAAAAAGAAAAUAAAGAAAUUCCAACAGAGUUGAAAGAUAGCAAAGAAAAACACGGAUUUUUCACGAAUCUUUUUAAAACUUCUAAAAAAGUUGAGAGUGAUGUAGAAUCUGACAAUGAAAAUGCUAAAAAAUCUUUUGAACCUAUUGAAGAAAAAGCAAAGAAAGAUAUUAAAAAUCUCAAAGAAAAAAUCGAUGAUGAUAUUAAAGAGUCUGUCAAUAGUUUAGAGAACAAAUCCAAAGAUGAUGUUGACUCAAUACUACGACGAGAUAAAAAAAUUGAUGAUGACAUUGAUAGGAUGAAACAAAGUAUUCAUGAUACUGGCGAAUCUAUUGACAUUGACUUGAAACGUUUGAGCGGAGAAAUCAAAACGCUAAACGAUAAAAUCGAAAAUUCAGAAGAAACAAUUCAAAAAGAGACUAAACAAGUUGAAAGUGACAUUAAAGCAAACAUUGAUGAUCUUGAUGAAAUAAAGGAAAAGUCAGGUGGCUUCUUCGGUAUUUUCCGUAGUCCAAAAUCAAAAGACAAAAGACGAAGUAGAUCAAAAGAUAAAGAUACAAAAGAUAUGUCAUUUGAUAGUGGUGAUGAAGAAUUAAGAAUCGUUACUAAGACUUUUUUGGAUGAUACAAAAAAAGUUGCCGACAAAUUAGCUCAAGACGAUGGUUCAAAAAUCAUUUCCGAGACUCAAAUGGAGAAAAUUGAAAAAUUCGUUUCCGUCACAGAAGAUUCAGAUGUACCAAUUGACAAAUUAAAAAGCACAUCUUAUGAUAUCAAAGCAUCUCCUACUAAAACUUCAACUGUCCUUACAGCAGCUACUGGUGUUAUUGCAAGACCUGAUGAUGAUACUAAAAAUAGUGAUGGACACACUCAAAAAGUUUCAGAAAUGAAUCAAACUGUAUUCACAAAAAAUCCAAGUACAGAAAAAUUAGAAAAGGCUGAGAAAAGAAUGUCAGGAGAUUUUGAAGAGUCUGCUGAUGAAGGAAAACAAAAGGGAACUAGUUUCUUUAGUAUGUUUAAAAGUCCAAAAGUAAAGAAUAAAAAAAGUCGAUCAAGAGAUCGAAGUAGUUCCAAAGAACCUUCGUUUGAUAGUGGAGAUGAAGAACUGAGACAUGCAACAUCGAAAUUUUUAGAAGAUACAAAAAAAUCAGCUGACUAUAUUGGUGAAUCUGACCUUACAAGAAGGAAGUCUCUCAAAGAUAGUGUCAAAACUGAUACUAAGUCUACAGCUGCUGAAGUGUUAGAUGUCCCGAUUCUUUCACCUGUAUCUGAUUCUUCAGAUUCAAAAAAAGAUUCGGAUAAAGGUGGAAUAUUUGGUAUAUUUAAAAGUCCUAAAAGUACUUUGAAAAGAAGAAGUAAAUCAAGAGAAAAAAGUUCAUCUACUGACGUAUCUUUUGAUAGUGGAGAUGAGGAAAUAAAAAUUGCAACAUUAAAAUUUUUAGAUGAUACCAGAAGUAUAUCCGCUAUUAUGGAAGAGUAUCCCUACCCUUCAGCUCCAAUGAGUCAAAGUGAAGAAGAAAAAAAAGAAAUUAUCGCAUAUAAAGAUGGAAACAUACAAGAAGAAGAUAAAGAUGAAUGUAAAGAUGAAAAAGAUAUCGAUAAAAGUAACUAUUUAACAAAAAUUGACAAGAGCGUUAAACAGAGCGUCGACAUAGUAAUUGACGAAGUGAAAGAAUUUGGAGAUGAAGUGAAAGAACAGGUUCCAGAAGAAGAUAAAAAAACUGAUAUUGUUUCCAAGAAAGUUUCUAAAGAUAUCAAAAGUAAGGUAGCAGGAAAAAUAACAGAAGGUAAAGACAAAUUAGCUAAAGAUAUGAAAGCAGUAAAGAGUAAGAUUAAAGACGUUAAACCAAAAAUUAAAACUGAUACAGCUAGCAGAGGUAAGCCAUUGGAAGAUAAAAUGAAAACAAUUAAAACAGUAACUGUAAAAAAUACUAACAAAAAUGCUAAAGCAGUCUCUGUAGAAAACAUAGAGGAAAAAGCUCAAAAAGAGUCUAAAAAAACUGGAGAAACAGGCUUCGUAUCUGAUAUGAUUAAAGGAGCUAAACAUGCAGUUGAUGGAGUAACUAAAGACGUCAAAGAAUUCUGGGAUGAAACAGGAGAAGAUGUGAAGCUGAACAAAGAGCAACCUGAAAAUGUUGCCGAAAAAAGUUCGAACGAAAAUAAAGACAUUCAAACAAAAAUCACCCCUAAUCCUUCCACUGGAAAAGAUAAAAUUACAGCAAAAAUAUCGAAGACAGCGAAAGUUAUUCCUGAUGAUUCUGGAGCUGUGAAAAAUCAAACGAAUAGGAAGUCUAGUGGAAAAAGUACUGUAGUAGAAACAGUUAAGACCACUCAAGAAAGACCUACAAAAAUGGGUAAAAACGCGAUUAAAAAGGUCAGUGAUAGUGCUAAAAAACCGAAAAAAACCAAUGGAAAAGUAAAUAACGAAAAUGGUAGAGUCGAAAAGGAUAAAGUUACAGAAACUGUAAUAGCUAUGGCUGAUUCUAUGGAAAAAACAGAAGGUGCAGCAGAGGAGGGAAAUAGAGAAAAAGCAAAGACAGCUCAAGAAAAAGAAGGAGUUUUUUCAGCUUUGGUUCAUGAAGUAGAACGACCAUCAAUAAAUACUGUCGGGAAUGUUCAAGAAUUUUUAGAUAAUACGAAACAGGAAGCUGCGAUAGAAAAAGAGCAGGUUGAAAAAGCUGUCAAAAAAAACGAAAAAAUCGAAGACAAAAUAGGUAAUAUAGUAAUUCCAAAGACGAAACAUACUGUAAAAGCGACUGAUAGUGUAGAGAAAAUAAAAGGUACAGCAAAAGAUCAACAUAUUACUGAAAAGAGACCUGAAAUGAAAAAAAAAGAAGACACAAAACUCGUUGGAAAAAAAGUCAGGGAUACGGCUAAAACUACUGCUGAUAGUAUCGCGGUAACUGAAGGUAAAACAGAGAAAGAAGCUAGAAAAGUUAAAGACAAAGGUAAAGGAUUUUUCUCUGGUAUAUUCAAAGGAGUCAAACAUGCAGCGGAUGAAGUCGCUGAAGAUGUUAAAGAAUUCGUUGAAGAGACAAAGAAAGAAGCUGAAGAAGAAGAAAAGAAAGCGAAACAUGCGGUUAGUGAAUUUGUAAAUGAGAGAAAAGAAAAGGCUGCUAAACAGAUUGCUGCAGAGAAAGAAGCUGUUUCUGAGGCUGCUGAAGCUACUAAUGAAGCAAUAUCUAAGGCUAAAGAUAAAACAUCACAAGCUGUCAAAGAAACCACCGAAAAAGUUGACGAUGGUGUUAAAAAAAUUAGUGAAAACGUUAAAGAUGUAGCAAAAAAAACUAAAGACAAGGUUGACGCUGAGAAGGAAUCUUUGUCCGACGCUGUUAAAACAGUAGAAGACAAAGUAGCCGCAACCACAGUUGAAACCUCUAACGCUUUGAAAGAAACGAAUGAUGCAGUUGCAAAAGAAAUUAAAGCAGACUCACAACUCAUCAAGGAGAAAAUAAGCGGUGCAGCUGAAACGGUUGUAGACAGUGCAGCAUCAAACAAGGACAAAGUGGAGAAAGAAGCUAAGAAAACUAAAGACAAAGGCAAAGGAUUUUUCUCCGGCAUAUUAAAAGGUGUCAAACAUGCAGCGGACGAAGCCACUGAAGAUGUUAAAGAAUUCGUUGACGAGACAAAGAAGAAAGCUGAAGAAGAAGAAGAGAAGGCGAAACAUGCUGUUAGUGACCCUGUAAAUGAAAGCAAAGAAAAGGUUGCUGAAAAGAUUACUGCCGGGAAAGAAGCUGUGUCUGAAGCUGCGAAAACUACCGGAGAAGUAAUAUCUGAAGCUAAAGACAAAACAUCCCAAGCUGUCAAAGACACUACUAAAAAUGUGGCAGAAAUAGUUGAAGAUGUAGCAAAAAGAGGUCACGACACAGUUGUCGCAGGAAAAGAAACUUUGUCUGACGUUGUUAAAACAGUAGAAGACAAAGUAGCCGUAUCCACAGUUGAAACCUCUAACGCUUUGGAAGAAACGAAAGAUGCAGUUGCAAAAGAAAUUAAAGCAGACUCACAACUCAUUGAAGAGAAAAUAAGCGGUGCAGUUGAAACGGUUGUAGACAGUACAUCAUCAACCAAGGACAAAGCAGAGAAAGAAGCUAAAAAAGCUAAAGACAAAGGUAAAGGAUUUUUCUCUGGUAUAUUCAAAGGAGUUAAGCAUGCAGCGGACGAAGUCGCUGAAGAUGUUAAAGAAUUCGUUGACGAGACGAAGAAGAAAGCUGAAGAAGAAGAAGAGAAGGCGAAACAUGCUGUUAGUGAACUUGCAAAUGACAGCAAAGAAAAGGCUGCUGAAAAGAUUACUGCGGGGAAAGAAUCUGUGUCUGAAGCUGCGAAAACUACCGAAGAAGUAAUAUCUGAAGCUAAAGACAAAACAUUCCAAGCUGUCAAAGACACUACUAAAAAUGUGGCAGAAAAAGUUGAAGAUGUAGCAAAAAGAGGUCACGACACAGUUGUCGCAGGAAAAGAAACUUUGACUGACGUUGUUAAAACAGUAGAAGACAAAGUAGUCGCAACCACAGUUGAAACCUCCAACGCUUUGAAAGAAACGGAACAUGCAGUUGCAAAAGAAAUUAAAGCAGACUCACAACUCAUCAAGGAGAAAAUAAGCGGUGCAACUGAAACGGUUGUAGACAGUGCAGCAUCAACGAAGGACAAAGCUGAGAAAGAAGCUAAGAAAGCUAAAGAAAAAGGCAAAGGAUUUUUCUCCGGUAUAUUCAAAGGAGUCAAACAUGCAGCAGACGAAGUCGCUGAAGAUGUUAAAGAAUUUGUCGAAGACACAAAGAAGGAAGCCGAAGAAGAGGAAGAAAAGGCGAAACACGCGAUUAGUGAAUUUGUAAAUGACAGCAAUGAAAAAGCGGCUGAAAAGAUUACUGCAGGGAAAGAAGCUGUGUCUGCAGCUGCAAAAACUUCCGGAGAAGUAAUAUCUGAAGCUAAAGACAAAACAUCCCAAGCUGUCAAAGACACUACUAAAAAUGUGGCCGACAACGUUGAGGAUGUAGCAAAAAAAGGUCACGACACAGUUGUCGCAGGAAAAGAAACUUUUUCUGACGUUGUUAAAACAGUAGAAGACAAAGUAGCCGUAUCUACAGUUGAAACCUCUAACGCUUUGGAAGAAACGAAAGAUGCAGUUGCAAAAGAAAUUAAAGCAGACUCACAACUCAUUGAAGAGAAAAUAAGCGGUGCAGUUGAAACGGUUGUAGACAGUACAUCAUCAACCAAGGACAAAGCAGAGAAAGAAGCUAAAAAAGCUAAAGACAAAGGUAAAGGAUUUUUCUCCGGUAUAUUUAAAGGAGUCAAACAUGCAGCAGACGAAGUCGCUGAAGAUGUUAAAGAAUUCGUUGACGAGACGAAGAAGAAAGCUGAAAAAGAAGAAGAGAAGGCGAAACAUGCUGUUAGUGAACUUGCAAAUGACAGCAAAGAAAAGGCUGCUGAAAAGAUUACUGCCGGGAAAGAAUCUGUGUCUGAAGCUGCAAAAACUACCGGUGAAGUAAUAUCGGAAACUAAAGACAAAACAUCCCAAGCUGUCAAAGACACUACUAAAAAUGUGGCCGACCACGUGGAAGAUGUAGCAAAAAGAGGUCACGACAAAGUUGUCGCAGGAAAAGAAACUUUGUCUGACGCUGUUAAAAUAGUAGAAGACAAAGUAGCCGUAACUGCAGUUAAAACCUCUGACGCUUUGAAAGGAACAAAAGAUGCAGUUGGAAAAGAAAUUAAAGCAGAUUCACAACUCAUCAAGGAGAAAAUGAGCGGUGCAGCUGAAAUGAUUGUAGACAGUGCAGUAUCAACCAAGGACAAAGCAGAGAAAGAAGCUAAAAAAGCUAAAGACAAAGGCAAAGGAUUUUUCUCCGGUAUAUUUAAAGGAGUCAAACAUGCCGCGGACAAAGUCGCUGAAGAUGUUAAUGAAUUCGUUGACGAGACAAAGGAAGAAGCCGAAGAAGAGGAAGAAAAGGCAAAACAUGCGAUUAGUGAAUUUUUAAAUGAGAGCAAUGAAAAAGCGGCUGGAAAGAUUGCUAAAGGGGAAGAAGUUUUGUUUAAAGCUGCUAAAGCUUCUGGUGAAGCAAUAUCUAAGGUUAAAGAUGAAACAUCACAAGCUGUCAAAGACACCACCAAAAAAGUUGACGAUGGCGUUAAAAAAGUUGCCGAAAACGUUGAAGAUGUAGCAAAAAGAGGUCAUGACACAGUGGUCGCAGGAAAAGAAUCUUUGUCUGACGCUGUACAAACAGUGGAUGACAAAGUAGCCGCAACCACAGUUGAAACUUCUGACGCUUCGAGAGGAACAAAGGAUGCAGUUGCAAAAGAAAUCAGAGAAGACUCACAACUCAUCAAAGAGAAAAUAAGCGGUGCAGCUGAAACGGUUGUAGACAGUGCAGCAUCAACCAAGGACAAAGCAGAGAAAGAAGCUAAGAAAGCUAAAGACAAAAGUAAAGGAUUUUUCUCCGGUAUAUUUAAGGGAGUCAAACAUGCCGCUGACGAAGUCGCUGAAGAUGUUAAAGAAUUCGUUGAAGAGACAAAGAAGGAAGCCAAAGAAGAGGAAGAGAAGGCAAAAUAUGCCGUUAGUGAACUUGUGAACGACACCAACGAAAAAGCGGCUAAUAAGAUUGCUACAGGAAAAGAAGCUGUGUUGAAAGCUGCUAAAGCUACUGAUGGAGUUAUAUCUGAGGCUAAAGGCAAAACAUUCGAAGCUGUCAAAGACAUCACUAAAACAGUUGCGGAAAACGUUGAAGAUGUAGCAAAAACAGUGCACGACAAAGUUGUCGCGGAAAAAGAAUCUUUGUCUGACGGUGUAAAAACAGUAAAAGACAAAGUAGCCGCAACUGCAGUUGGAACUUCUGACGCUUCAGAAGGAACAAAAGAUGCAAUCGCAAAAGAAAUCAAAGCAGACUCACAAAUCAUUAAAGCCAAAAUAAGCGGAGCAGCUGAAACGGUUGUAGAUAAUGCAACAUUAACCAAGGAUGACAGAGAGACAGAAACUAAGGAAGCUAAAGACAAAGGUAAAGGAUUUUUCUCCGGUAUAUUUAAAGGAGUCAAACAUGCCGCGGAUGAAGUCGUUGAAGAUGUUAAAGAAUUCGUUGACGAGACAAAGAAGGAAGCUGAAGAAGAAGAAGAGAACGCGAAACAUGCUGUUAGUAAACUUUUAAAUGACAGCAAAGAAAAAGCUGCUGAAAAGAUUGCUGUAGAAAAAGAAGCUGUUUCUAAAACUGCUCAAGCUACUAAUAAACCAAUAUCUGAGGUUAAAGAUAAAACAUCACAAGCUGUCAAAGACACUACUAAAAAUGUGGCCGAAAACGUUGAAGAUGUAGCGAAAAAGGCUCACGACAAAGUUGUUGCUGGAAAAGAAACUGUUUCUGAUGCUGUAAAAACAGUGGAAGGCAAAGUAGCUGCAACGGCAGUUGAAACUUCUGAGGCUCUGAAAGGUACAAAAGAUGCAGUUACAGAAGAAAUUAAAGCAGACUCACAAGUCAUUAAAGAGAAAAUCAGCGGUGCAGCUGAAACGGUUGUAGACAGUGCAUCAUCAACCAAGGACAAAGCAGAGAAAGAAGCUAAAAAAGCUAAAGACAAAGGUAAAGGAUUUUUCUCCGGUAUAUUUAAAGGAGUCAAACAUGCCGCGGAUGAAGUCGUUGAAGAUGUUAAAGAAUUUGUUGACGAGACAAAGAAGGAAGCUGAAGAAGAAGAAGAGAACGCGAAACAUGCUGUUAGUGAACUUGUAAAUGACAGCAAAGAAAAAGCUGCUGAAAAGAUUGCUGCAGGAAAAGAAGCUGUUUCUGAAACUGCUAAAGCUACUAGUAUAGCAAUAUCUGAGGUUAAAGAUAAAACAUCACAAGCUGUCAAAGACACUACCAAAAAUGUGGCCGAAAACGUUGAAGAUGUAGCGAAAAAGGCUCACGACAAAGUUGUUGCUGGAAAAGAAACUGUUUCUGAUGCUGUAAAAACAGUGAAAGGCAAAGUAGCUGCAACGGCAGUUGAAACUUCUGAGGCUUUGAAAGGUACAAAAGAUGCAGUUACAGAAGAAAUUAAACCAGACUCACAAGUCAUUAAAGAGAAAAUAAGCGGUGCAGCUGAAACGGUUGUAGACAAUGCAUCAUCAACCAAGGACAAAGCAGAGAAAGAAGCUAAAAAAGCUAAAGACAAAGGUAAAGGAUUUUUCUCAGGUAUAUUUAAAGGAGUCAAACAUGCCGCGGAUGAAGUCGUUGAAGAUGUUAAAGAAUUUGUUGACGAGACAAAGAAGGAAGCUGAAGAAGAAGAAGAGAACGCGAAACAUGCUGUUAGUGAACUUGUAAAUGACAGCAAAGAAAAAGCUGCUGAAAAGAUUGCUGCAGGAAAAGAAGCUGUUUCUGAAACUGCUAAAGCUACUAGUAUAGCAAUAUCUGAGGUUAAAGAUAAAACAUCACAAGCUGUCAAAGACACUACUAAAAAUGUGGCCGAAAACGUUGAAGAUGUAGCGAAAAAGGCUCACGACAAAGUUGUUGCUGGAAAAGAAACUGUUUCUGAUGCUGUAAAAACAGUGAAAGGCAAAGUAGCUGCAACGGCAGUUGAAACUUCUGAGGCUUUGAAAGGUACAAAAGAUGCAGUUACAGAAGAAAUUAAACCAGACUCACAAGUCAUUAAAGAGAAAAUAAGCGGUGCAGCUGAAACGGUUGUAGACAAUGCAUCAUCAACCAAGGACAAAGCAGAGAAAGAAGCUAAAAAAGCUAAAGACAAAGGUAAAGGAUUUUUCUCAGGUAUAUUUAAAGGAGUCAAACAUGCCGCGGAUGAAGUCGUUGAAGAUGUUAAAGAAUUUGUUGACGAGACAAAGAAGGAAGCUGAAGAAGAAGAAGAGAACGCGAAACAUGCUGUUAGUGAACUUGUAAAUGACAGCAAAGAAAAAGCUGCUGAAAAGAUUGCUGCAGGAAAAGAAGCUGUUUCUGAAACUGCUAAAGCUACUAGUAUAGCAAUAUCUGAGGUUAAAGAUAAAACAUCACAAGCUGUCAAAGACACUACUAAAAAUGUGGCCGAAAACGUUGAAGAUGUAGCGAAAAAGGCUCACGACAAAGUUGUUGCUGGAAAAGAAACUGUUUCUGACGCUGUUAAAACAGUGGAAGUCAAAGUAGCUGCAACGGCAGUUGAAACUUCUGAGGCUUUGAAAGGUACAAAAGAUGCAGUUGCAGAAGAAAUUAAAGCAGACUCACAAGUCAUUAAAGAGAAAAUAAGCGGUGCAGCUGAAACGGUUGUAGACAGUACAUCAUCAACCAAGGACAAAGCAGAGAUAGAAGCUAAAAAAGCUAAAGACAAAGGUAAAGGAUUUUUCUCCGGUAUAUUUAAAGGAGUCAAACAUGCCGCGGAUGAAGUCGUUGAAGAUGUUAAAGAAUUUGUUGACGAGACAAAGAAGGAAGCUGAAGAAGAAGAAGAGAACGCGAAACAUGCUGUUAGUGAACUUGUAAAUGACAGUAAAGAAAAGGUUACUGAAAAGAUUACUGCCGGGAAAGAAGCUGUUUCUGAAACUGCUAAAGCUACUAGUAUAGCAAUAUCUGAGGUUAAAGAUAAAACAUCACAAGCUGUCAAAGACACUACUAAAAAUGUGGCCGAAAACGUUGAAGAUGUAGCGAAAAAGGCUCACGACAAAGUUGUUGCUGGAAAAGAAACUGUUUCUGACGCUGUUAAAACAGUGGAAGUCAAAGUAGCUGCAACGGCAGUUGAAACUUCUGAGGCUUUGAAAGGUACAAAAGAUGCAGUUGCAGAAGAAAUUAAAGCAGACUCACAAGUCAUUAAAGAGAAAAUAAGCGGUGCAGCUGAAACGGUUGUAGACAGUACAUCAUCAACCAAGGACAAAGCAGAGAAAGAAGCUAAAAAAGCUAAAGACAAAGGUAAAGGAUUUUUCUCCGGUAUAUUUAAAGGAGUCAAACAUGCCGCGGAUGAAGUCAUUGAAGAUGUUAAAGAAUUUGUUGACGAGACAAAGAAGGAAGCUGAAGAAGAAGAAGAGAACGCGAAACAUGCUGUUAGUGAAUUUGUAAAUGACAGCAACGAAAAAGCUGGUGAAAAGAUUGCUGCAGGAAAAGAAGCUGUUUCUGAAAUUGCUAAAGCUACUAGUAUAGCAAUAUCUGAGGUUAACGAUAAAACAUCACAAGCUGUCAAAGACACUACUAAAAAUAUGGCCGGAAACGUCAAAGAUGUAGCAAAAAAGGCUCACGACAAAGUUGUUGCUGGAAAAGAAACUGUUUCUGACGCUGUAAAAACAGUGGAAGUUAAAGUAGCUGCAACGGCAGUUGAAACUUUUGAGGCUUUGAAAGGUACAAAAGAUGCAGUUGCAGGAGAAAUUAAAGCAGACUCACAAGUCAUUAAAGAGAAAAUAAGCGGUGCAGCUGAAACGGUUGUAGACAGUACAUCAUCAACCAAGGACAAAGCAGAAAAAGAAGCUAAAAAAGCUAAAGACAAAGGUAAAGGAUUAUUCUCUGGUAUAUUCAAAGGAGUUAAACAUGCAGCGGACGAAGUCGCUGAAGAUGUUAAAGAAUUCGUUGAAGAGACAAAGAAGGAAGCUGAAGAAGAAGAAGAGAAGGCGAAACAUGCUGUUAGUGAACUCAUAAAUGACAGUAAAGAAAAGGUUACUGAAAAGAUUACUGCCGGGAAAGAAGCUGUGUCUGAAGCUGCUAAAGCUACCGGUGAAGUAAUAUCUGAAGCGAAAGACAAAACAUUCCAAGCUGUCAAAGACACCACAAAAAAAGUUGACGAUGGCGUUAAAAAAAUUACCGAAAACGUUGAAAAUAAAGAGAAAUCCACUCACGUCAAAGUUGUCGCUGAAACAGAAUCUUUGUCUGACGCUGUAAAAACAGUCGAAGACAAAGCAGCCGCAACCGCAGUUGAAACUUUUGACGCUUUGAAAGGAACAAAAGAUGCAGUUGCAAAUGAAAUCAAAGCAGACUCACAAGUCAUUAAAGAGAAAAUAAGCGGUGCAGCUGAAACGGUUGUAGACAGUGCAUCAUCAACCAAGGACAAAGCAGAGAAAGAAGCUAAAAAAGCUAAAGACAAAGGUAAAGGAUUUUUCUCUGGUAUAUUCAAAGGAGUUAAGCAUGCAGCGGACGAAGUCGCUGAAGAUGUUAAAGAAUUCGUUGAAGAGACAAAGAAAGAAGCUGAAGAAGAAGAAGAGAAGGCAAAACAUCCUGUUGGUGAACUUGUGCAUGACAGCAAAGGAAAGGCUGCUGAAAAGAUUUCUGCAAGAAAAGAAGCUGUGUCCGAAGCUUUUAAAGUUACUGGUGAUGCAAUAUUGGAUGUAAAGGACAAAUCAUCACAAGCUGUAUCGGAUAUUACUCAAAAUUUCGAAGCUGAUGUCGAGAAAGUUACAUCUGAAGAAGAUAAAACCAGUGGUAUGUUUUUCGGAAUUCUAAAAGGUAACAAGCAUGGUUCAAACGAUAAGCAUAGUGACGUUAACGACUUUUUGAGAGACGCUCAACAGGAAGCUACGGAAGAGAAAUCCCGUGCUCAUCAAGUCGCUGUAGAUCUUGCUAAUAGCGUUAAAGGUGACAUUCAUAGUACGCGAGAUGUAUCAUCAAAAGCAACUAAAGAUGCAGUUAAUUCUGAUCCUUCCGUAAAAAUUAUCGAUGAAAAAACCGUAAUUGGUACUGAAAAGAAUAUAACGGCAGCUGCGAAAACAGCUCAUGAAAUCGUCGACGAUGUACAAAUUAAAGCAGAAACUUUAAAUAAAAAAAUUAAAGAUAAUACUCAGAUCGUUAGCGAUAACCUUAUAGGAACGAUGGAAACAGCAAUCAUAUCUGCUGAAGUAACUAACAAUAAAGCUGAAAAAGAUGCUAAGAAAGUUAAAGACAAAAAUGGUGGUAUGUUCUUUGGUAUUUUAAAAAGUCCGAAGCAUACUACUGACCCGGAAAAAGAAUUACGAUCACAUCGAGGACAACAAAACCAAGAGAUUAAAGAUUUUGCUGGCAAAGCCACCGAAGAAUUAGAUCGUAACACAAUGGAAGAAAUUGAAAUUAUAAAGAAAUCAACUAUCGAACCGUCAGACGAAGAUUCCGAUGAUGUUGGAAAAGGCGCUAAAAAAACUAAAAAUAAAAGUGUGGGUUUUUUUUCGGGAAUAAUUAAAGGUGCGAAACAUGUGGUGGACGAAGUAACAGGAGAAGUCAAAGAAUUCUGGGAUGAAACAAAAGAAGAAGAAGAAAAAGCAGAAUAUGCUCGACGUGAAGCUAAAGAGUCAGAAAAGCCCGCUAAAUUAAUGAGUACUAAAUCUGGGGAUGAUCUUGACGAUGAAGAAAAUAUGAGGCAUCAAAUGUAUUUAAACCUGGAACAAACCCUACAUGAUAACGCAGAUACUUCACUUUACCAUCCAAAAUCUCCAACAAAAGUGACAUUGCUUUUAGAUAAGAGUGGUUCUGACAGUGAGUCUGUAUCUGAAUUGGAUUCAGCUCACAGUACUAUAGACCAUGAAACAUCUCCGAAGAAAUCUUCAAGCAAAGGAAAAUCAAAGGGGGUUAUUUCAAAUAUUGUAAAAAGUGCAAAGAAUGUAUCACACAAAAUAACUAAAGAAGUUGAUCACGUUACUGAUAAUAUUAAAGACGCAACAGAAAAGUUCUGGGAGGAUACUAAAAUUGAUUCAAAAGAUUCGCAUUUAUCUGGCAGUUACGACGUUUCUUCUCCGCUCCGCGAGACCGAUUCUAAAUCAGUUAAAGCGACAGAUUUAGAAGAUAAGUUAGAAUCGUUUAGUUCAUUAGAAUUAGCUAGAGAAACAAUUCCAAAGGAUCAUUCAGAUAUGAGAAUAAAGUCUGUCUUGUGCAUUCCACAAAAAACUACUAGUACAACAAGAGAAGUAGUUAAAGAAGUUAGGGUAGUUAGAAUUGAGGAAAAAACAUCGUCCACAGAAAGACUUGAUGUAUAUGAUGAAGACUUAGUUAAAUUAGGGCACCUCGAGCCUCGCGCAGUGCAAUCCGUCACCACAGUCGUAACAAAGUCUGUGCGGACGGCAGCGGCGACCCCGCCACCCAGCCCCGACGAGCUCGGUGACAGUAGCAUUAAAGAUAUAACUGAGGAAGCUGCCAAACGUGCCCAACUUCUUGCAGAUCAGGCCUUAGCAGCAGGAAAACCAGGGCAUGAUUCGGCUGAGAUUGAUGGGACUGUAGAGAGGCAUGUUACUACUUCUGCUCCAACAAAGCAACCUGUUCCCGCCCCACGUCACUCUGCUAAGUUAUCUAUCAGCAAAACAGAGUUAACUCUUGAACUCGACGAGCAUCAUCAGAAACCCAAGAGCCCAAAAUCAAAAAUACCAGAGCUAAGUAAAAUAUCUGCAAAUAUUUGCGAAGAUCAGCUACCUGUUAAGCAACUUCGAGUAUCCGCAUCUGAUUCUACAGAGGCAAAUCAAAUAAGUAUGAUUCCAAUUCCCGUGGAUAAACAAAAAUCAUUGGAAAUAGUUGAAGAUAAAGUUGUGGCAACUAUCCAAAAUUCUAUAAUAGAGAAUCCGUCCAUUGCCUCUUACUCUUUCCCUGAAGACAUUGUUUACACUAAAACAGUAACAACAGUUGUUAGUUCUGAAGUGGAUCAAAAUAGCAUCAAAAAAAUAUUAAGUACCAAUGAAUUAUCUCAAGUACUGGAAGACGUUUCACAGGAUUUCAAUAAAUUUCCACAACUCGCUGAAGUCAGCAAUUACACUGUAAAGACUUCCAAGGCUUUCGUUAACGAAAGAAUACCAUUGUCCAGAUCGAAAGAGGAUCAGAUGAGCGAGGAAAAUGCAUCUGGUAGUAUAGUAAAGGAAGUAAGGUCAAUCAGCACCAAGAGUUCCUGGGAGUCAUCAACAAGAUCUCGUGAUGAUCACGAUAAUUGGGAAACUCAGUACUCAUUGGACACUUCACCAGGUUCAUGUGAUGCCGGAUUCACUAAAAAUAGUGACUCAAGGCAUGAUUUACCAAGCGACAGCGAUAGUGAGGGCUCACCACGACAAAGAAGACGUUCAAUGAGCAAGAGGCGAACACUUGGCAGCUCCAGUGGUUCUGAUGUUGCAUUGCACGAAGGUGCAGAGCUCUCCCCUAUGGAAGACGACCAAGAAUCUGACUUCUUACAACAUAGUGAACCAUCCUACAUGGAAACGACCACAACAGAAAUCGACCCACUGACCAACGAAAAAAUAACGAGAACGACACGAGUAAUAACCUCAUCAACAACGGUGCCUGGAACUGAAGAAAUGGUUGGAAAUGACGAACUUCGAGAAUCGAUGCAAAAAGUUGUCGAUCAAUUUAUGACAGAAGAAAGAAGAGCACAGUGAAAUUUUUUUUCUACAAGAGUAGCUAAAAAAUCAUAAAUUAGUAUUUUAAAAUUAACUAAUGAUGAAAAAAUUUUAAUAAUCUUAAAUGAAAAUAUAAAUAUGAAUUUAUUCCUCGCUACAAAUUCAUAUUUUUUUUUAUUGCAUAUUACUUUAUGUCAAAAUUACAUAAUUAGAAUUAUGCAUUAGCUUUGGACCAUGUUUAUUCUUUACUCUAAAUUCAUUUGUUUAAUUAUUUAUAUUAGUUUUAUCUUGUUUUUUUUUUUUUUUUUUUUUAACAAUUAAGUAAUUAU